AUGAACGGGUCGGAGGCUCUUAACCUCAACGUGGAGACCAGCCUCCUCUUCGGCUUUCCUCACCACUCGGGUGCGGCUGCCCGCUCCUUGGAAAGAGCUUUUAUGACUAACAAUGCAGCUCUCAGUUUUCUUCUGAUUGGUGCAAUCUAUGAGUUCUUUGACGUUCUGGCUCUCAUAAUUACUGUGUACCGCAGAACAAUCUACAUUGAAAACCUCACAGUGUACGUGGUGUCUCUGACCUGCACCAGCAUCCUCCAGGGGCUGUUCUCACCCAUAAUUGUGGUGGCGUUGCUGAGUACAACCUGUUAUUUGAAAUAUUGUCAACAACUGAUAAAUGUUUGGCUGGCGACCCGACGAUUUGGCGUCCUUCUUCACCUGUUGGCGGCGCUUGAAUUCUUACUGAUCCAGAAGCGGUCGUACUUAGGCAGCAAACUUCUAAGCAUCUAUUGUACCGUGCCUGUCAUCCUCACGUUGAAACUCAUUUGCACGGUUUUUGUUGAGGUUCUUGGAGCUGCUGUGUUUUUGGGUGUCAUUGCUUUAGCUCUGACUUGUGGAAUAUCGAUUCUUGUCAUCCUCUCCCCUGAAAUUAGGAACAAACGCACUUUGCUAGUUGUUUUGUUUGCUUCCGUCACUUUUGUCGUUACCUAUGGUCCAAGUUUUGUCGUGGAGUGCAUGGCCCUCAAUCUUCAGAGUGUACCUAUACACCUGUAUCCCACUUUUCUGUGUUUGACAAACAUGCGGUUGAUGAUGGAUGGAUUUCUGAGCUGGGUAAUAUGCAAGGAACCCCGACAAGCAGCUCCACAGCAGCUGGUGGUGGGGCAGGUGAACCUUGAUCCUGCCAGCCAGGUCCCAGACUAA